CCCGAUCAGUUUAUGCCAGUUUGUCUAUAAGAUCAUAACCAAAAUCAUGGCAGGGAGACUCGCUACGAUGCUUCCCCAGAUCAUCUCGGAGGGACAAAAUGCCUUCAUUCGGGAACGCCAGAUCAUUGAUAAUGUCCUUCUCGGGCAUGAGUUGAUGCAUUACCUAAAAAUCAAAACCCGAGGUAAGAAAGGCUACAUGGCUCUAAAGGUUGACAUGGAAAAGGCCUAUGAUAGAGUUGAGUGGGCCUUUCUUCUUGGCGUUUUGGAUAAAAUGGGAUUCAGCUCUGUCUGGAGAGAUUGGAUCCAUGAAUGUCUCAGAUCUUCGUCGUUUACUAUUCUUAUGAAUGGGAACCCCUCUGGUUAUUUUUCUCCGACUAGAGGACUCCGCCAGGGCGACCCCCUAUCCCCUUUGCUUUUUGUUAUCUGCACUGAGGGUUUUGCGGCUCUGCUUCGGCAAGCAAUUUCUGAGAAGCGGCUGGAAGGAGUUAAGGUUGCCCCUCGGGCUCCCAGGAUCUCUCACCUCUUCUUUGAUGAUGACUCCUACUUAUUCCUUCGGGGCACUCUUCAGGAAUGUGAGAACCUGAUAACAGUCUUGAAUGAAUAUGAGGAACUCAGUGGCCAGAGGGUAAACCUGGGAAAGUCAGCGGUUUGCUUUAGUAAGAACGUUUCGUUGCCUGAUCAAGAGUUCCUGGCCCAGAUUCUGGGGGUUGGGGCGGUCGGAGUUCAUGAUAAGUAUUUAGGAUUGCCCACCCUCAUAGCUCGAUCAAAGAUGGCUACCUUUCGGUACCUGGAGGAGAAAUUGCUGGAACGGCUUCAGGGGUGGAAGCAGCGCACGCUUUCUUGGGCGGCUAAAGAGACUUUGAUUAAAUCAAUAGCGCUAGCUUUACCUCUACACGUCAUGUCCUGUUUCAGACUCCCACUUUCCCUGUGUCGUCUUCUUGACAAGCAUGUGACGCGUUUCUGGUGGGGUGAUGAGGAAGGGCAUUCUCGAAUUCGGUGGGUCUCUUGGCGUAACAUGUGCAGAAGUAAGCACGAAGGGGGUAUGGGCUUUCGCCGAUUUGAGCAGUUUAAUCAGGCCCUCUUAGCGAAAAUUGGAUGGCGUAUCCUUACUGAACCGGAUUCUUUGUUAGCUCAGGUGUACAAAGGGAAGUAUUUUCCGAAUUCCUCCUUCCGCUCGGCUACGGCUAGAUCCCGUCCGUCUUGGGGAUGGCAAGGUGUCCUUUAUGGUCGUCAGCUGCUAGAGAAGGGGUUACGUUGGCAGAUAGGGAAUGGGCAAGCUGCUUCUCUCCUUCACUCUAAUUGGAGUCCGCGGGUACACCCCUGGCCGGUGCGGUUUAACCCCCGGGUGCUGCCGGAAGGUGGGGACCCGACUGUGUCUGAAAUAAUCAGUCUGGAGGGCGGGUGCUGGGCGGAGGAGAAACUUACUCAGUGGUUUGACCCGGAUACGUGUAAUGCAAUCAGAGCUAUUCCCCUGCCGCGGCAGAAUUUAGAGGAUAGAUUGAUCUGGCAUGCCACGACUGAUGGGGUAUUCACUGUGAAGUAUGCCUAUCAUUUAGCAGUUUCAAUCGAGAGAAGUAAUGGUCGGUGGCGCCAAUUGGCAGGAUGGAUGGACAAACCUAGCUGGAUUCGCUUGUGGGAGGCUAAUAUCCCUCCUAAGUUAAAGGACUUCUGCUGGCAAAUCUUUAAUAGAAUCCUCCCAACCACUGAAGCUCUUCGGGAGAAAGGAGUGGAGGUUCUCCCUCGGUGCCCGGUCUGCUGGGCGGAAUCUGAAACCAUGGAACAUUUGUUUCUGGAGUGUCCAGUGGCGCGCGCCCUUUGGGAUUUAUCGGGUUUGGAAUAUCUUGGCCAAGGGUUGCCUCGGCAUACGUUUCCCUUUUUCCUCAAGCGAUUGAUGGCGUUAGUGCCCCAGGCCCCUCUGUUUAUGAAAGUUGUGGCUGUUCUUUGGAGGAUUUGGCGAUCUAGGAACUGGGUAGUCUUUGAGGGCAAACAGUUUGGGAUCCCGGCCUUGAUUCGACAAUUUAACCAACAAUUUGAGGAAUGGGUUAGCCUGCCUAUCGAUCGCCCCCAGCCGCUGUUGGCUCCUCUCCCAGGACCUCAGUCGUUGGUUUCCACUGGGCAAGCCUCGUGUAGAUGGGAUGGGGCGACGAUGUCUGGUUCUCAUUCGGCGGGUGGGAUGGUGUUGGUGGAUGCUAAUGGGGAUCCGGUCUUGGCUGCAGGAUUUCAGAUCCCUCAUAUUGAUAGUCCUCCGGUUGUCGAGUUGUUGGUUCUUCGUGAGGCCAUUAGGUGGUGCCUCAGCUUGGGCUUUACAGAGGUACAGUUUGAAGGCGACGCCAAAGUCAUUAUUGAUAAACUCAAUAGGGCGGAUGCAGGUGAUAGCCAGAUGGGAGCAAUUCUGCAAGAAGUUGUAAAUCUUUUAGCUGUCCACUCUGGUUUUUGUGUACGGUUUAUAGGUCGGAGUAACAAUAGGGUAGCCCAUUUGGUGGCUAGGAAAGCCCUGUCUUUGUACCCGGCUACUUGCCGUUUCUUUGAUUUUCAGGCCUGGCUGUCUUCCAGGAUGUAACUUUCAUUGUUUGAUCUAAUGGAUUAUCUUUUGUCAAAAAAAAAAAACUAUCAGCUGCAAAAAAAGAAGAAGAAUAUAUUCAACAAACCAAGCCGCUUAUAAAAACACAUUAUAUUUAGUAGAGAACUACAAAUUCCUUGCGCUGCGUAUUGGUGAUAUUUUACCAAAUAUUCAAAGAGAUGAAUAAUGAAAGUCGCAAACUUCA